AUGUUUCCAAUGCGCCAAGGGGCGAGGUACAUAUCACACACGCUGUGGCCGAAAGGCGAAGAAGACAGACAACCAGAAGAUAAAAUACCCUCAGUUACCUAUAGAGCAGCUGAUAGGCUUUAUCAGGAAGAAAAGCAGAACAUGGAGGACGAAGCCCCAACGGCUGCGGAAGCGAGGGACAAGAAGAUAAAAAGAAGGAAGAUAAGCCGGUGGACAGGGCUAUAUAAAAAAGUGAAUGGAAAAAGCCGGGAAGACUGA